AAUGAAACGUCCAUUCUACAGGUCUAAUGGAUGCAGCUGACGACUUUAUGUCCAUCCAGCAGAGAUCAAGGCUGUCUCCAGCGAGCCUAUCACAAGCGAACAGUCAAGGAUAGCUCCUCUUCUCGAAACACCACAACCCCUAGAUGGUGAACGUGCAGAGGAGUCAAGCCCAAGCAUAGUCACCCAGUCUGCAGAAGCUCUUUUCUCAUAUUUCCCCCUGCUUUCCCACUUCACUGACAAUUCUCUUCUCGCCCAGAUUUCAAGUCACACAACGCUGUGCAUCGCCGAUCAAGAUCUUCCACCAACCCUCCUUCUCCCCGAUCGUCAAUAAACCCGCACAUAGAACACAGCGCUAUGCUCUUGAGGCGGCUUUCCUUGCCCGCUAUCAUUGCAGCGCUGAUCGCGCAGGCCUGUGCGCAGAGCGUGCUCGACGCGGUAGAUGGCCAGGAGAAGGAUGACUCCGCGUCGACCUCGGAGACGAAAAGCGUCUCCUCGAAAGGCAUGAUCAUCCUAUGCACGAUCGUCGCUUUAGUUAUCGUCGUUGGAAUCUCGUUCACAACCAUCUUCAUCGUGUUCAAGAAACGGCGCUGGCAGAUGCGCGAAGCGCUCUACUCAACCGAGCGCAUCACCCCGGACAUCGAACGGGGGUCGAUCGUCAAAACGCCGACAAGCCAGUUGAACCGGGUCGGCAUCCGCGCAGACACUGAAACCCGGUCCGCGUCUCGAGCGCAAGAGGCCGCGGGCCAGGUCGAGAAGCCUGAUGUAUCUGAAACGGCCGCGACACACCGAGGAUGGGGCUCGUUCUUCUUGUUCGGACGGAUGCAGAGCCGGCAGUAAUCUAUUUGCGCACUUAUUGUCAUGAGCUACCUGGACGACUGUUUUCUCUUGGGUGUUUAUUUACGGCGUUGCAUGCGGGCGUUCAUGGGGAAUAUCGGUCUCUGAGAAAAAGGCGUCAUCUCCCAAUCACUUUCUAUUUAGCGUUGAGUUUCCAGCCAUUCACGAAGGGCUUAGCUCACCUUCGAAUCGAACGCGCCAGGUGCGCUGUCAAGCUUGUAUAUCUUUGCG